UUUACAAAAUUCAAAGCAUAAUUCAGAGAUUUGUCCUGGCUACUUAAGAAAACUUUACAACAUCAAGAGCGCAAUCAUCGAAUUUAAAAAAAGUUUCUAUUACAAACAAAAAAUUCUAUUGGUGGUCUAUCAUGGUGGAAAAACUUCACGAGUACCAAGGCCCCAUUGGUAUUUUACAUACCUGGAGAGAUUCGUUAAGAGAUAAAUGGGAAGGAUGGAAAGAAAAACGUCCUCGAUCCCUUUUGGAUCUCUUACUGUYGUUAGGUUUGGCCGAACGUCCAGAAAACCAAAAAGAGGAUGAACGUCCACCUGAAGUUGAUAUGGAACAGUAUUCUCACAUAUUUAGAAAAAAGACUAGRAAAGAACUCGUACGCAUAUCCGCUGCUGUGAUGGGAAUUGAAUUUUCGUAUGCAGCAGAAACAGCUUUCGUAUCUCCAACACUUUUGAAUAUUGGAGUCGACCAUCAACAUAUGACUCUUGUAUGGGCUGUAUCUCCUUGCAUUGGAUUUUUCGUCACGCCUAUAUUAGGAUCUUUAAGUGAUAGGUGUACUCUUCCGUUGGGACGACGCAGACCAUUUCUAAUAAUGUUAGCUUGCGGAGUAUUCAUAGGACUAAUAUUGGUGCCAAAUGGAAAAUUAUUAGGACAUUGGGUGGAAGGUGAUUUAGCACCAGGAAACAAUUUCUGGGCUAUAUUUUUUACAGUACUAGGUACAGUACUAUUAGAUUUCGAUGCAGACGCUUGUCAGAGCCCAGCAAGAGCUUAUCUUUUAGAUAUUUGCGUACCAGAGGAUCAUGCCAGAGGUCUAAGUACGUUCACGAUCAUGGCUGGUCUGGGAGGAUGUAUCGGUUAUCUUUUAGGCGGAAUUGAUUGGGACUCGUUGAARUUUGGAGAAUUGAUGGGUGGCCACGUAAGAGCAGUGUUCACAUUAGUCACUUUUCUUUUUAUCGGUUGUGUCACUUAUACUGUAAGCAGUUUCAAAGAGAUGCCAUUAAAAUUAUUACGGUCAAAUCAAACAAGAAUAUUGAUCACUGGAGCUGAUGAAGAUUUUGAGGUAGAAAAUAAACUCAAUGAAUACGCACCAAAGUCAUAUGGUACUUUAAAAGAUGCUGUUGAAAAUGAAAAUGAAAUCGAGAAUAACGAACCACGACUUAUACCUGAACAUGCAACGUUUGGCCACUAUUUGAAGACUAUAAUCGUUAUGCCCAAAUCUAUAAAGUUAUUGUGUCUAACAAAUUUGUUCUGUUGGAUGGCCCAUGUUUGCUAUUCGUUAUACUUCACAGAUUAUGUUGGCGAAGCUGUUUUCGGGGGUGAUCCCACAGCUUUAAUUGGAACCRAAAAGAAAAUACUCUACGAACAAGGCGUGAGAUUUGGAUCGAUCGGCAUGGCGAUGUACUCGUUAUCGUGUGCGUGUUAUUCGAGCGUAAUUGAAAGACUCAUAAAACGAUUUGGGGCCAAACGAGUGUACGUCGGAGGUCUGCUGUUUUAUUCUACCGGUAUGUUUUUAAUGGCCAUCACACGACACAAAUUCAGCGUGAUAUUUUUUUCCUGGGCGGCCGGUGUAAUGUACUCGACGAUGUUCACAAUGCCGUAUUUGCUUAUAGCCCAUUAUCACUCAACCAACACGUUUGCUGACAAUGCCUAUGGUCAAGAGUCGGAUGAUCAAAUUAGAGGUUUGGGUACAGAUGUGGCUGUGGUCAGUUCCAUGGUAUUCGUGGCUCAAUUCAUUUUGUCCAUAUGCAUGGGAACAAUCGUCAGCAUAUCUGGGACGACUUCGGCUGUCGUCUACACUGCAUCGUUUUUAGCGUUUUGUGCUUCGAUAGUCGCUUCGCAAAUCGUGUAUUUAGAUCUAUAA